AAAACUUCAUAAAAAGCAUGCGAAAAUGAGUGAAGAAGCUGAAAAUCUGCCGGGUCCCGCCGCACAAAAUCCCGUUAUUCAAGAACCACCCGAACAUAUAUUGGCGCAAUUGCAAAAUCCACCGGAACCCGAAAAUCCGCCUCAAAAUGCUCCAAAUCCACGUGGUAAUGCUCAAAAUCCACCAAAUCCACCGCCACACACACAACAUCAACAUAAUAAUCAUUUGAAUGCGGCUCGAGAUCGAUUAUUCCACGCAAUGUUGGUCAGAGUAGCGCUAAAAUAUUCGGGACGUGUCAGCCUAAAAUGGAGGCGAUUUAUAGAAGGAUCCCUGCUUUUUGUGGCUUUUUUACUGCUCGCCUCGCUUCUUUUCAUACAUAUCAACUUUACAAGGUCACCGGCCACGUGUUUGGACUCUAUGCAGGCAGAUUGGAUUCGAAAAGGAAUCGUGCGGAUAGAAGUGGUACGAAAUUUGGAGAUUCUCGAGGAAAAAGAGAAUUUUAUAAGUCAUUAUAUUCGAGACAAAUCCCAUCGAGUAUGCCAUUUCAAUCCGGUCGAUGUGUUCAGAUUUGGUCCAAGUGUGAUACCGUAUUCAAUUAAGGACCGUCUGAUUGGAAGAGAAAAGAAAAUUGCUCCGGAACCCCCAGAAACAUACUAUUCGGCACUAUUUUCCAUUUUCAAUGUACACGUAUUCGCCGACGAAGAGGAUUUGGAAAAAGCUUUAGCGACAAUGAAGCACUAUGAUCCAGUAGAAGAGCUCGAAUAUCACGAUCCACUUGAAGCAGAAGCUCAUGCCGCCUAUUUUGAGCAUGUUAAAGGCCGCCCAGAGCCCCAAGAGUACGAAUAUCUCUACCGAGUUGAAUACGCGAUGCUUUACGGUGUGCUCCGGCUCCCGCCGGAUUUCAGGGAAGAACAUGGAAUUCCUACUACUUGGAUUCGGAUCGACUCAAAAUCGCAAUGCUUCGGUGAUCAAUUGGCCCGUCUAAUGAUGCGACUAUUCGUUGGAUACGAGGAUACAGUAAUCGCAGCUCUCCGAGCACAAGCCAUCAAUCUUUCACUCGUUCACCCGGAAACUCAUUCGAUGGGAUAUCUACACAAUUUGCAGACACACGAUCAUUAUCAUUUUGUGGCGAACUCGUUGGGAAAAGCCAGUUAUUUGACUGCCGGAGCCUUGAUGAUCAUUUUUACAUUCGCCAUCUCGAUGCUCCUCCGCUUCUCGCAUCACCAAAUUUUCGUGUUCAUUAUCGAUUUGCUCCACAUGUUCGAGCUCCAGCAGCCCCUGAAUCCGCCUGUGGCGCCACUGAUUACUGUAGUCUUGGCACUUGUUGGGAUGGAGGCAAUCAUGGCUGAAGUUUUCAACGAUACAUCGAUCGCAUUCUACGUGAUUCUCAUCGUAUGGGUCGCCGAUCAAUACGAUGCGAUAUGCUGUCACUCGGCUACGUCGAAGAAAUUCUGGCUGCGGUUCUUCUACAUCUAUCAGUUCUUCUUCUACUCGUAUCAGUAUCGAUUUGCGGGACAGUACGGCGGUCUGGCGCUGCUGACGAGCUCCAUGUUCAUUUUGCACUCGAUGAUCUACUUCUUCCAUCACUACGAAAUGCCGCUGAUCUUGUAUCAAGACAGGGUGUCCCAAGUGCUCGCCGAUCUACAUGCUCCGCAGAACGGAAUGGGAACAGUGGAAGUUCAAACGAUAACGGUCGCCGUUCACAAUCGGCCCACGCAGCAGCAGCAGCCGACAGUUGCCGGGGCUCCGGGAGCUCAGCAACCACAAGGAUCUGAUAGUGAUAGGCAAAUUAUCGCCGAGCCGCUGAGCCCCUCCAGUGUAUUUGACGCACGGGGUCCGUCACUUGUCGUGGAACCUGAACCACCACUAUCAGAACCGGAGCACGUGGAACGAGAACCCCAAAAUGCAGAGGAAAUUGUCGCUCACCGGAUUGUUAACGACGCGAUGAAUGAGCUUUUCAAUCAGGAAUAAUUUGGGAAAUUUUGAGAUUUUUUUGGAUUUUUCGGCGAAAAAUGAAUCAAAUUUCGGAUUUUUGCAGUAGAAAAUCGGAUUUUCCAUCAAAAAUCGUCCUAAAAUAUAAAUUUUCAAUUUUUCUUCCGAAAAUUCCCAGAAAAUUCCCAAUUUCCGAGCCAUUUUUAUUUGUGAUGUUUGUGCCCCGCCCACUUUUUCCCACCUAAUCAUUCCAUUUCCCGCCCCGCCCCCUUCCGCCAACAAAAAUCGAUAAUUUAAUUUUUUUUUUUCCAAAUUUUUUUUGAAUUUUAUCAGAAUUUUUGCUAGAAAACCGCACAAAAAUUUCGUUAUAGUCAAUGGGUAUUUUUUAAAUUUUUUGUUUCCGAUUUUUCGGAGAUUUUUAUCGAAAUCACCGAAAAAUCGAUAAUUUCCGUGAAAUUGUGAUAUACCAAAUUUUUAUUGAUUUUUUUUUCUUCGUUUCUCUGUACAUUUUCACUUCAUUUCCUGUUUCUUCCAAUUUUCCUGAUACAAAUAAAUUAUGAAUUAAAU